AUGCAUUUUUUGUUUUUCUUAGUUUUGAAAUUCUCAUUUCUCUCUAGAGCUUUCAAUUGUUAUAUUGAUUAACAAUAAUAUUCAACAUACAUAUUUAAAUUUAUUCAUUAAGUUUAGGAUAUCAACGGCUAUUCCAAUCCUUGUUUGAGGUUUCGCUUUUUUAUUGUGUUUCCUAAGAGAAAUAUAAAUGAGGCAAUAAAGCUUGAGCAACUUAAAACCAACAGAAUUAUGAUUGCAACCGAGAAAUUCCAUUCUGAAUACAUUGAUUCUAAAAUUAAAAUAUUGACAAAAGCAAACAAGGUUAUUACAGGUGGUAUCAAAUUUUAAAAUAUAUCAACAAUAUUAAUAAUCUACAAGGUUUACUUUCGAAUUGUGCUGAUAAUCUAAUAUAUUAUGAGAUUUAACAGUAUUGAAGUUAAAGCAAAUCCAAUUGUUAAACCACUCAUGAGAGGAAGAUAGUUUUCAUAAAUGCAAAUAUAAGUGUUGCAGUCUUCUAAAGAAUAGCAUUAUUCAUUUUUUAAAUCAGAAUAGCAGCAUUUUCCUGUAAAUGUUAAUGCAACUUUGGCUUGCUUUGUACUUCCAUUCAUCCAUGCUACAUCUAAAAACUCUGAGACGCAAAUAAAAAUCAAUCCUAAUAUGAUAAAUAUGGAGUGCAUUUGA